AUGGACUCUGAGAAGAAGAAGAGGAAAGACGAAGAGGAGGCGGCUGCGGCUGCGGCGGCGGCGAGGGCGGCAGUCAGCCUUGAAUUUGGCGUUGACUCUCUGACGUCAUCGCUGCCGCUUCGGUUGUUCUCCUGCAUCUACUGCGGCCGCAAGUUCUUGAGCUCGCAGGCGUUGGGCGGCCACCAGAACGCCCACAAGUUCGAGCGGAGACUCACCAAGCGGAACCUCGACACAGCACGCCAAGCCAGAGAGCACCCCGCCUCCACAGCUGCCUCCACAUCCCGCCCUAAUAAGGCUGACGACGGUGACGACGGCGACGUCGUCGACUUGUCACUCCGGCUAUGA